AUGGCUCCCGGAGGAGGAAAGGGAGGCAAAGGCCUCGGCAAGAACGGCGGUAAAUGCGUCGUUCAGAAGCGUCACCGCAGAAUUCUGCGCGACAACAUCAUGGGUAUUACCAAGCCUGACAUCAGGCGCCUCGCCCGCCGUGGCGGUGUAAAGCGUAUCAGUGCUGGGAUUUACGGCGAGGUUCGUGGAGCCAUGCGCGACUUCCUCCAGGGUGUCCUUCAUGACUGUUGCGCGUUUCUCGAACACGCAAACCGCAAGACAGUGGUGGUGAAAGACGUUAUCUAUGCUCUUAAACGCCGCGGACGACCCAUCUAUGGAUUCGAUCCGGAUUUUAUUAAGGAGAAGUAG